GCGAGUGCGUCGACGUCAGCUCCGAUCCAGUCCGAGGCCAGGGCCAUCCAAGGCGAGUUCGCUUCUGUACCUCCAAAGGAUGUGACCACGAAUGCUGCUGGAGCGAAUCCGACCGCCACCCUCGUCCAGGCGGCCAAGUCCAAGGCGCCGGGAUUUCAGAGGCGCGGAUGCUGCGGCCAACCAGGUCGCAAGCGGAACGGGCGUUCGUGCGCAGGAGGCCAGACCCACAAGUGUCUGCUGGAGGAGGCUGGGUACCCGUCGCUGAACUUCGCGCAGAACUACCGUCCACCUCGUCGGAAGAACGACCAGCCACAAGCAGGCCUCCCCGAGUGCACGAUUCCCAGGUCGGCAAGCCCCGAGGUCAGUUGGCUGUGCAGGUCCGAGGUGAUCUACAUGAGGUGGAGGCGGAUGCUGUCCAAGGUCCUGAAGAAACUGGCGAACGAUCCGUCCUCGGAAUCCUUCGAGAUGCUGGACCUGGACAUCAUGCAAAAGGCUGUCGACCAGUACGACCUGGACUACACGAAGGAGAUUGGCGACGACGUAAACUUCCUGUCCCGCAACGGCCGCUACGACUUGCUCGAGAUCGACUUGGAGCAGCCGCAGAGAUCCCAUAGCUGGGGACGUUCGGAGGCCCUGAAGCGCAUCAGGGAGCAGACCUACGAGACGCUGGUGGCGGGCUGUGCUUACGGCCUUCGCUGCCCCCGCAGCGGCCUCCUCUUGCCCAAGGUCUGGAGGAUCUGCUCCACCGACCCCGAGCUGCAGAAGGCCAUCGGCAAACGCUGCAGUAAUCGCCCUGGUCGGCAUGACAACCACGAGCACGGUGAGAUUAUCGGGGGGAAGGUGGUAGCGGCUACAGCGUUCUACCCUGAGGCGUUGUGCAAGGCCUGGGCAAAGCACACUCUGCGUGCUGGAGGUGGUACUACAGCUGGAACCUCAGCCCUCUUGGCGACGGACCAGGAUACUGACGAUGGCAUCUUUGAGGGCAUCGACGCAGACGGCGACCAGGAGAUGGAGGACCAGCAGGUGUCAGACGAGGAGCUCGACGAGGAUGACCUCAGGGAGCUCUCCAAGGACGGUGGCAUGCUGAGCACCAAGGAGGCCCAGGAGAUAGAGCACCGUCUCAGCCGACUUCAUCGCCAUCUGGGUCACCCCAGCGUGCGCACCAUGUUCAAGAUUCUCAAGAACUCAGGCGCGAGCAUCCAGGUUCUGAAGAUGGUCAAGAAGUUUAAGUGCCACGCCUGUGACUCCUCGGUGCUGCCGAAGGCCGUCAGAACAGCUGCUGGCAUCGACAUUCCCGAGGUCUUCGAAGUGAUGGGGAGUGGCGGCCUCGAGUGGACCGACCCUGCUGACGACGCGACCUACCUGUUCACGCUGAACCUUGACGAGGGGUCUGGACUCACGCAGAUCUUCAACCACGGCGACAAGUCCCAGAGGUCCGGCAACCGAUCAGCAUCGGACCUCCUCGAGACCUGGAGAUCCUGGACGAAUCACUACCGCGCUCCUCGCUUCAUUCGUUGCGACGCUGAGGGCUGUCAUCGAGCGGAACUUACCAAAAACUGGUGCAGUACGCGCGGGAUCGAGAUGUUCAUCGCUCCUGGCGAGGCGCACUGGCUCAUGGGCAAGGUUGAGCGCCGGAUCCAGUUGUUCAAGCGGACUCUUACUAAGUUCAGGAAACAGAAUCACGACUGCGACAUCGACGAGGCCACCAGCCAUGUCACGCAUGCGACCAACGAUCUUGACAAGGUCGGGAACCAUUCACCCUUCGUACAUGCCUUUGGUACUGGAGGCCAUCGGGGCUCGGGCACCCCCUUUGCCAUCGUGGACGACAGCCACGGAGAGUCCCGGGAGCAGAGGCGACUUCUGGCACGUCAGAGCUUCAUAGAGGUGGCCGAGCGAAUGGUCGUGGAGCUCAACAACAUGGAGGGACGCGGGGCUACCAUGUCCGACUUGAUGGAGGUCGCCCGCCGCGGAACGCUCGAGGACCUCACCAACGAGAGCCGACCACGCAUCCAGAACUUCGAACCACAGGCGAUCCAGCCGUCGGAGUCACCCGAGGGCAAGCCAACAGUCGAGGACCACGAUGAGGAGCUCUUCUCUCGGAUCACCUUCGACGGGAACCGGGGCGGCACCGACUUCGAGCUGAUCGACGAGAACAUGACGGUCUACUACGAGAUGGUCAAGUCCGAACUUGCGGCCAUGACGAAGGAGGUCGCCAACUGGAAGCAGUGCAAAGGUCUCCGCCGCGUACCCGUCUCCGAGGUAAAGGAUCCUGCGGACGUGAUCAGGUGCCGCUGGGUGCUGACGCGCAAGAGCGAUGGGACUGCUAAGGCGCGUCUCGUCCUCCUCGGCUACCAGACCAAGGACAUCGGACAGGAGCCGACCGCUUCACCAACGGCCUCGCGCCGCGCUCGGAAUCUGCUCCUCACGGUCGCGGCCGCCAACUCCUGGACCAUCGUCAAGGGCGACGUGAUCAGCGCGUUCCUGCAGGCGAACGACCUGAAGAAUAAUCUCUUCGUGGAAGCCGACGAGGCGCUGUCCGCCGAGUUUGGCGUUCAACCUGGUCAAGUGCUACGCGUGGUGAAGCCGGGCUACGGCAUCGGCGAGGCUCCUCGCAAAUGUUGGCAGACUGUGAAGCAGGACUUCGCCAAGCUGGGAUUGCAGGCGUGCGAUCUCGAACCAUGCCUGUGGAGUCUACGCUGUCCUGAGAUCAAGGCGCUGCUGGGGCUCAUCAUGUGCCACGUGGAUGACUUCAUCCUUUGCGGUGCCCGAGAUCAUCCUGCAUGGCGGAAGGCGCUGAAGAGCAUCAAGGCCCUUUACACGUGGGGCACCUGGGAGGACAUGGACGACGAGAUCGACUCCAUCGAGCACUGCGGCGGCUACAUUGACAAGCUGAAGGAGAUCUUUCCAAAGUACCCGAAGGCUAAGUGCAGCGACCGAUUGACCGAGGCGGACCAGAGAGGUCACGUUACAGCUCUCAGCUCGGCAGAAGGACCAUUUCAGGAGGCAUGCGACUUCGCUGUCUUAGACUGGGGAUCUCGCAAGCUCAAGCCGGUUGCCAGGUCCAGCCUGUCUGCGGAGAUCCGGGAGGCCAGCGAUGCGGAGGGCGAGCAGAUGAUGGUUCGCCUGGUGCUCUACGAGGUGCUCUUCGUGUCGGUCGACCUCCAGAAUCGCGCUGCUGCUCUGCAUCACAUUCCAGGAGCUCUCGUGACGGAUUGCAAAGCGUUCUACGACGGGGUGGUGAAGUCUGAGUCGGCCGGCCUGGGCCUCGACGAGAGGAGGACGGCCAUAGAGGCGCUCGCCUUGCGACGGGCCCUCGAGGAGGGCGAGACAAUCGUGCGCUGGGUACAUAGCCAUGCCCAGCUGGCCGACGGCAUGACCGAAGCCAGCCAGCAGGCCUUCAAUGUGCUCCAUGCCUUCCGGAAGAGCCAGCGGUGGAAGAUCGUUCACGAUGAGAGGUUUCUUUCGGCUCGCAAGCGGUCUGCCCUUGGUAAAGGGGUCUUCGACGAGACGACUGAGACCGACCACAGCGAGGCCAAGAAGAUCCUUGAAGGCCGGAGGCGGGUCCAGCCCCCGGCUCGCGACGUGGCCACGGCAG